UGGUAGGGGUGACGUGGGGCCACUCCUCUGGGCACAGCUGUGGCAGUGCCUGGAUGGAGGUAGGGCCGGGCAGUAGUGGCCUCCUACAUCCUCCUGACAUGCAGCCUGGGGGCCUCAGCCUGGCCUAACCCUACUUCCAGGGACUCUGUCCCCAGAAACCACAAAGAUGGCCAGUUUGUGGAGCUUCUCUCUGUCUAGCUGCCUCCUCUCCCUGCUCCUCCUCCUCCAGCUGUCCUCCAGCUAUGCAGGACAGUUCAGAGUGAUAGGACCGGCGCAUCCCAUCCGGGCUUUGGUUGGGGACGAAGCAGAACUGCCGUGCCGCAUAUCUCCGGGGAAGAACGCCACGGGCAUGGAGGUGGGGUGGUACCGCCCUCCGUUCUCUAGAGUGGUUCACCUCUACAGAAAUGGCAAAGACCAAGACGCAGAGCAGGCACCUGAAUAUAGGGGACGCACAGAACUUCUGAAAGAUAACAUCAGCGAGGGAAAGGUUACCCUCAGGAUCCAGAAGGUGAGGUUUUCGGACGAAGGAGGCUUCACCUGCUUCUUCAGAGACCACUCUUACCAAGAGGAGGCAGCAAUGGAGUUGAAAGUGGAAGAUCCCUUCUACUGGAUCAACCCUGGGGUCCUGGUGCUGAUCGCACUUCUGCCUGCACUCCUCCUGCAGGUCUCCGUGGGUGUCCUCUUCCUCUUUCUGCAGCACAGACUCAGAGGAAAACUUCGAGCAGAAGUUGAGAACCUCCAUCGGACUUUUGAUCCUCACUUCCUGAGGGUGCCCUGCUGGAAGGUAACACUGUUUGUUAUUGUACCUGUUCUUGGACCCCUGGUUGCCUUGAUCAUCUGCUACAACUGGCUGCACCGAAGACUAGCAGGACAGUUUCUCGAAGAGCUAAGAAACCCCUUUUGAGUGAUGGAAUGAAGGAGAGCCUGGCAGUCCAAGGGACAGGUCGUUGGGGACGUCUCUCAUUAGCCUCUGGGCUACAGGCACCUUCCAAUCUACGUCUACAGAAACACCCUGGAUUCCAAAUAGAAUUUGAUUUCCCUUCUUCAACUAUUUUCCUUUCCUCAGCUCCUUCCUUCCUCUAAUUUUUGCCUCCCACAUCUUUUUGCCCCUGUCUCAGUCUUCCUCCAGGAAGCACCCCACAGCUGAGGGCAGGCAGUCUGUCAGAAGACACCUGUGUAUCAGAGUAAUGCAGGAGCGAUUUUGUCAAACA